AUCCACCAUCACACAGCAAUCCACACAAGCACUUCGACGUCGCACGGGCGCUGCACACAGACACACCAAGCGUCGGCACCAAUGGCUUACUACCAGGAGGUGGACUACUGCUCGGAGGAGGUGAGGUCGGUGGCCCCGGCCGGCUUCGGCCGCCACGGAGGCGGCGUCCAGCAGCACGUCGUCAAGGAGAAGUUCGAGGAGGUCGACACGGUCUCACGCGCCGGCGCCAACCACCACCACCACCACCAUGGUCACCACGGCGGCCACGGCUUCGUGGUGCGCGAGACCAGGGUCGAGGAGGACAUCAACACCUGCACCGGCGAGGUCCACGAGCGCAGGGAGAGCUUCCUCGCCAGGGCUAACUGAGCCGCCCGGCGGCCGGCAUCCACGCCCGUUCGUGCCUGCCUGCGUGCCUUAUGUAUGUCUGUGGUUGACUGGUUGUGCAGGGUCAUCGUACUUGGCUAUCGUACGUGCACGCACUCAGCUCCUGUACGAAUUACGACAAUAAGCUCGUGACCUGAAUAAAACUUCUUCGUAAUACUAA